CCAACAUCCACAAGGAUAGACAAGCUUCGACAACGAUGUCCACACAAUCUCUUGCCGUUACCUCAAGAACAUUUGCAUUUGCUCGGAAUAGUGCUCAAGGUAGGCCGCAAACAGGUCAAAGUCUGCCUGCUACGAAUGAUAGCGGUGGAUCUUGGACAGCCCAAACACGACCUGCAACCGGUAGACCCCAGACAGCCGCCUCAACUCGUUACGAAGGAAACUAUAUCAUCACAAUCCUAGAGGGAAGAGGUAUUGCAAGGGAGGUGGGUAUGGCUGCCCUAGAUAUGGAUACCGGUCGUGUUGUUCUUGUACAGCUUGCAGAUUGCCAGACAUAUGUGAAAACGUUGCAUCAACUACAUCGACAUCAACCCUCGAUGAUUCUGGUUCCAGAUACCUUCUUGAGCGCCCAAGAUAGAGGACGGGCUAAACGAACUAAUCAGUCCACUACGUCUAUGCUCGUCGAACUGGUGCGAGAAGAGUUUCAAGGCACUCCGAUAGAGACGAUACCGAGAAAGUAUUGGAAUGAAGAGGCUGGGCUAGAGUUCAUCCAGCAGCUUUGCGUCGAAGACGAAGAGCGUGCGGGAACUAUUCUUGCCGUUUCUAAUAAAUAUUACGCUCUUUCAGCUAGCUCUGCUCUAUUCAAACAUGCCGAGGUCAGGCUUAAUACUCGUUUUGCCUCAGGAUCGCUCCGCAUCCGUUAUGUUCCCGUCGAGGGAACGAUGAUGAUUGAUCCAGAAAGUGCGAAAAACCUUGAACUGGUUCAAAGCAUGGCAUAUAAGAAGUCUGCGCAUUCUUUAUUCGGUGCUUUGAAUCAUACCUAUACCCCGAUGGGCUUGCGUUUGCUCCGUGUCAACGUCUUGUCACCGCUUACUGUGCAAUCUUCUAUCGAUGCACGACUAGACGUCGUAGAUGGUAAUCCACUUGAUGCGUCUAAAAUUCCCGACCUCUAA